AUGCCUCCGAAACAAGCACCGAGCAAAAAGGCGGAGAACAAGCGGAAGGAGAAGGUGAUCGAGGACAAAACGUUCGGUUUGAAGAACAAGAAGGGAAAUAAGAAUCAGAAAUUUGUGGCGCAAAUUGAGAAUCAGGUCCGCAACAACAACACGCGUAUGGACUUGGUCCGGCAGCAGGAGGCCGCCAAGAAGAAAGAGAAGGACGAGCUGUUGGACAUUCAGAAUCUUCUGAAGCCUGUGGAGCAGAAAGUUGCGAAGGAUGUCGAUCCAAAGUCGCUUCUCUGCGUUUUCUUCAAGCAAGGAUUGUGUGGAAAGGGGGCAAAGUGCAAAUUCAGUCACGAUUUGGCUGUGGCUCAGAAGACGGCCAAGAAGAAUUUGUAUGCAGACAGCAGAGAGGUUGAGAAGGAUGAAACUAACGAGAAUUGGGACAAGGAGAAGCUGGAUGAGGUGGUGAACAAGAAGAACAAAGGAGGACAUGUUAUCGAUAUUGUGUGCAAAUACUUCCUGGAAGCCGUCGAAAACAACAAGUACGGAUGGUUCUGGGAGUGUCCAAACGGUGGUGACAAGUGCCAAUAUCGUCAUUGUCUGCCAGAAGGAUACGUGCUGAAGAAGGACCGAAAAGCGAUGGAAGCACAGAAAGAGGAUGAGAUUAGUAUUGAGGAGUUGGUUGAGAAGGAGCGAGCCGCACUGAACUCGAAGGACCUCACAAAACUGACACUUCAAACGUUCGUCGCAUGGAAGAAGAAGAAGCUGAAGGAGAGAAAAGAGAAGGAGGAGGCGGAUUUGAAGGCGAAAAAAGAGAAAAUCAAGUCUGGAAAACAUAACGGAAUGUCGGGACGUGAUUUGUUCCUGUUCGACGCGAAUCUCAUCAACAACGACGACGACGAAGCCGGAGAUAUUGAGAUGGAGAAGGAGGAGGUUGAUGAAAACGAGAAGGUGUUCGAAAUCGACGCCAACUUCUUCAAAUUCGACGGAAUGGACGACGAGCUGACGAAUCAGAUGAGCAAUUCCACGGCCGCUGUUUCCUCGGUCGCUGGAGCCGUCGCCAAGAUGGACAUCAACGAGGACCUAUUCGACAUUGACGAAGACGUUGGAGACCUUGAUUCGGAUUCUGAUGAGGAUUAG